AUGAGUGGAGAACCAGAUGCCAAGAAGUCUCGAACCGAUCUCGAAGAUAAAUCCACCGAAAGUGAAGAAGUUUUGAAGCCGCUGCCUGCCGGAUGGGAAAAGCGGAUGAGCCGAAGCAACAGUGAGUUUGUUUACUAUUUGUUUCUUGAGGUUUAGGGAUUAUGAACAGGAUUUUCUCAAUUCUUGGAGCGUUUUUUACAAUGAAUAAUAUAAGUGGUGUUUUCUUAGCGAUAAUCCUCCGAAAAUCGUGAAUUUCGUGGUUUCAGAUAAGGAAUAUUAUCUGAACGUGUAUACGGGACGCUCGCAAUGGGACAGACCGACCAGACCAGCCGAGGAAGACACCAAAUUGCCCGACAAGGUUCAGUGCCUUCACAUCCUGGUAAAACACGCUGGCUCUCGUCGGCCGAGCUCAUGGCGGUCGGAAAACAUCACGCGAUCCAAGGAGGACGCCGAGAAAAUUCUGAGAGGUGAGUUAUGAGAGAUAAUUUGAAGCUUUUGAUUAAAUUUGAUAUUGUUUAUGGAAAAGGUACCUAAAAUUAAUAUUUUUUUCCGGAUACGCUUUGUCUAAUUUGUAAAAUACGUUUAUCUUUUGUCAAUCUUUUAAACAAUCAAUUUCAGGCUACGAGAAGGAGCUCAACUCCCUGGACAAGGUCGAAAGAAAGCGCCGUUUCAAGCAAAUCGCCAAUGAAUUCAGUGAUUGUUCCUCGGCCAAAAGAAAUGGAGAUUUGGGACCGUUCGGUCGGAACAAAAUGCAGAAAGCCUUCGAAGACGCCUCCUUCAAGCUGACCAUCGACGAGAUGAGUGGGAUCGUCGAGACGGACUCCGGACUUCAUCUAAUUUAUCGUAUCGCCUAG